UUCAACAAAUUUCCUUUUUAGUCCGCCCACGCUGUGCUCCAGUUCCAGGACCAGGGCAAGCAGGUCUACAAGGUGAAAAACGUCUCGCUGAACACCCUGUGCGAAAUGUACAACGCCACCGUCAACCCGAUGAAGGACCAGCUCAAGAACGUGUACCGACGGGACCAGAAGUACUGGGCCCGGAGGCCGCUGACCCGCGACAUGCUUCUGUACGCCGCCGGAGACGUGCUGAUACUGAUCAACGAGCAGCUGUACCUCAACAUGGCCACAUCGAUCAAGGCGGAAUUCCGCGAGCUGCUCGCGGAGCUGUGCACUGAGCAGAUUUUGAUGCUAAUCCGCCCAGUGGACGUCAAGAUGCGCAAGAAGCAGCGCAAGGUCCGCUCCGAGAUCCAGGACCUUAAGGUGAAGCUGAAGGGUGCCAGCAAGAACGUGGUGCUGAGCAAUCGCGAGAUUCGGUUGUUGAGGUACAUGGACCUGACGGAAGACGAAAAGGAAAAACUUCGCGUCUCCUACAAAGUAGCGAAGAAGCUAGACAAACUGGAGAACUUCGACCGGGACCGUGGCGAUGCGAGCGAUUCCGACGAUGAUUGCGACGUCAUCGAGCAGGACUACCAGAGCCUGGACAGCAUGCCGUCGGAUAACUCGCUACCGGGCACAGGAAGCAGCGGAGGACCGGGCACGUUUUCACCGAAGAACUCCGAACCGCCGAGCUUGACCGAGUCGAUGCAGCUGAUGGACGAAAUCCUGUCCAACACCACCAUGGACCGGAUGGCCAAAAUCGACAAGCUGGAAGCGAUCCUGUCGGCGGCGACCCUACUACCGAACGAUCAGGUGAGUGUCGCGCGUGUGCGUUUUUUUUCUUGCUUUUGUUUAACGGAUUGGAUGGAGGCUGGUUCGGUUUGGCUGAUGGUUUGAAUUUGCACAAUGAUUGAUUGAUGAUUGACCCUUCACAGGGUGAAUUCUCUGCACAAAUCAACAUACACUUAUAGCUUUUGCAGUACUACACAGUGCACAUGCACACAUUUUCCCAAAGUUGUACAUAGUUUAUGGCAUAUGGUGAUGGAGCUUUCGCUUGAGAAUGGAUUUAACUAUAGUUUUACUAUGAAGUUCGAUACUGUUAGAAUAACUAAAUGAUUUCAAGAAAGAAUCUUUGGAGGCAUUCAUAGACAUCAUAGACAAUGAUAAACUCCUGCUAAAAGGAGGGCAGACAUUUCUGGAAUGCAUAGAAAAGUUCCUAGAG